AUGGAGCUUGCCCAAACAGCAUUCGUUCCGAAGCCGAUUCGUAUUGUCGUCAUAGGUGCUGGGAUAUCGGGCAUUCAAUUCCUGAAGGAUGUAACCACGCGAUUGCCAAACGUCAACAUCACAGUUUAUGACAAGAACAGUGAGGAAGGAGGAACUUGGGCUGAGAACAGAUAUCCUGGUUGUGCAUGCGACAUCCCGUCCCAUGCCUACCAGUACAGCUGGAACCCCAACCCCCGUUGGAGUCGCCUAUAUGCCGAGGCGGCUGAGAUCUUAGACUAUCUUAAGUCAACAGUGACCAAGUUCGAUCUCAGACGAUAUAUUCAAUUCGGUACAACCUGCACCGGGGCGAACUGGGAUGAGAUGAAUUCGGAAUGGAACGUUUCUCUGCAAAGCAACGAGAAUACUGACAAUGGAGUCUGGGUCAAGUGCGACGUUUUUGUCAUUGCUAUCGGAAGGCUAAACAAUUGGAAGCUACCGGACAUCAAAGGUCUUGAUACGUUCCAGGGACGUGUGAUACACACGGCAAACUGGCCCCAAGGCCUAGAUUAUCGUGACAAAGAUAUAGCUGUUAUAGGAAAUGGGGCCAGCUCAACCCAGUGCUUAGCUAGCCUACGCAAAGACACGAGAUCCAUCAGUAACUUUAUUCGUGGACCAACAUGGCUGGUCCCGCAUGUAUUUUCUAGCAAUGCAGAGGCGCAAGUUACUUGUCAGCAGGACCUACCCUAUAGAUAA